CCACAGGAAAAUGAAAACUUUCGAUAAGGUAACGUACAGCAUGGAGCUUUUUUGGCAUAUCUAAUAAACUAUUUUCGGUUUCCUGCUGGGAUUGUAAGUCCUGUUUAAACGUCUUUGUAUAGCAUUUAUAAUUGCACAGGAAAGAACUAUACCUAUGUAUUGUGACUAUUGUCUGCCACAAGCAUCGGUAAACAGAUGUUAAAAAGACUACAACAACGACAGUUUAAUUACAUGCGCGCAUAUCAAUAGCCCAUCUGGCAACGACCUCACCCGGGUAUAAAUACGUCGUGCAGACCGCAGGCACUCCUAAAGAACAAGAACAACGUAACACAAAGCAAAGCAACUCUUUGAUUGUCAAGUGGUCCUUUACAAAUGUCCCGGGCAUCGAAAGCGGUUUUGGAAGAAUUGGGUUUUCAAACAAAUACGGAUGCCUCAACAGGACAGGCGAAUCUUCAAGAAAGAAGAAACAGUGAACAAUUAACGGUUUCAUACUUAGAAAGAAGAUGGAACCAGUCAGCAAGCGAAGGGAACCUCCCAGGAAUUGUUGCAUUAUUGGAACAAGAUCCAAGCCUUGUAACAACACAGGAUUUUGUCAUGGGUUUUACUGCUCUUCACUGGGCCGCCAAAAAAGGAAGGAAGGAUAUCGCUGAACUUCUCAUAAAUACAGGAAUGGAUGUAAAUAUAAAAUCAAAGGGGGGAUACACUGCGUUACAUCUCGCUGUGAUCCAAGGCCGAGAAAACGUCAUUGCUUCUCUCUUUGAUAGUGGAGCUGAUAUUGACUUGCGCGAUAACAGCGGCCGGAAACCUAAGCAUUACGUCAAGGAGAAUACGUCACUCUGGAUACAAAAAAAACUUGGAAAGACAUUGGCACCGUCAGUUUGGGUAUCUUCUGGGGAAUCCCUGAACAAAGGACUUCAAAAUAUCGGCUCCAUAUUCCUACAGAUGAAGGUACUGAGCAAUUCACUUGGAACCGGACUGGACAAACUGGACGAGGAACCAGGAACAUUAUCUCCUUUAGGACCUCGAAAGAAAGUGGCAAGAUCGGCGUCGUUUGUCAAGAUCUGCAGAAACGUUACUAGUAAAUUUAAGGACAAAAAGGCGCCUAGACUGGAAAUCCCUGAAGAUAUCGAAGAUGUCAUAGGUUAUCAUAGGUCAGAGCGAGCAAGAUCCGCUCCAGAUAUCAACCACAUCACAGGAUGGAGUCCGCGCAUUGUGCGAGUGAUGCCGUAGCAAGUGACAUGCAAGAACCUUGACUUUCACAGCCUUUUUCCUUGAGUGUGUAACAUGACCCCACUGGCUCGUAUAAUCUUUAAUCUCUUAUGUGAUCCCCUUUGUGAUAUGCCGUCAGGAGGCAGUUUUCAUAGCAGCCCCUAGUAUAAUUUGCGCUGCAAGACCGUGCAUAUCUCCGUCCCCGAGAAGAUUUGAGGCGAGGUUUGCCGGGGGUCUGGCACUAGUGCUAGACCUCUGGCCGACCUCUCGUCAACUCGCGUUGCUUAAAGCAUCAUAUGUUCUCGCUGGCGAAGGAACCCUCGUGUCGAAGCGCAAAUAGUCUACCUGAUUCCUUUUCCUAAGUGUGUCUUCCCCAGAAAUAACUGCAAGGUAUAUUUUCCUCCCCACUCUGUCAACAAUAAUCAACAGGUGUUCGUUUUAUUAAAAGAUUAAGACUACAAAACAUGACAUCUGUACAAAAGGUGCAAUAAAUAUUACCAACUACGUA